UCUUCGCACGGUGCUCCGUCAUCUUAGCAAACUGCCCCAUAAAGUUAUUUGUCGCUUACGACAAGGCUGUAAUGAACAGGUAACUUAAUAUACUAUUUGCAGGCAAACAGUCGAAGUAGAUCAGAAAGAGAAGCCCCCGGCGGCUAUUUAGCCAAUAGGGCAUCUCCAGCAAUCCGGCCCAGUUCAGGCCUCCGAUGCCUUUACACAGCCACGCAGCGAUGAGUGCGAAGAUUGGCUGUUGCUCAGAGGCGCUGUAAUGCAUCAUGACCAAGCCGAAAGCGCUUAGCUAAAUAGCCUGAUAGGUGCAAUUCCCAGUGCGCCAAAUCUCCUUUUCGAAAGGCUUCUUUCGAAAUUCACUCCUCCCAACACCUGAUUGCGGCUCGAUCAAAUCGAUAGACCAGGAUGCUGAACCACGGCGUCCGGCUGCUGGCCCUGGACGGCGGCGGCGUCCGUGGCCUUUCCGCGCUGAUGAUCCUCCAACAGCUCAUGGAGGCCAUCAACCCGCACGCGCCGCCAAAGCCGUGCGAUUACUUUGACAUAAUCGGUGGGACAAGCACCGGCGGGCUGAUCGCGAUCAUGCUCGGCCGGCUGAAGAUGAGCAUUGACGAGUGUAUCGACGCAUAUCUGAAGCUUUCGGACAGAAUAUUCCAGAAGAAGCGGCACAGAUUGACGAUUAAGGGCAAAAUCCAAGGGCGAUUCGACUCGGAGGAGCUGGAGCGGGCGGUGAAGGAGAUCAUCACGACGCAGGGCCUGCAGGAGGAUACGCUGCUGAAAGACGAACCGGAUGCUGCUUGUAAAGUGUUCGUAUGCGCAACGAGAAAGCAGACUAGGGGCAUACAGUGCCUCACGAGCUAUCCAUCCCCGCGCGGCAACAACGACCUCCUGAACAGCGUUAAGAUAUGGGAGGCCUGCCGUGCAACAGCGGCAGCGUCGUCCUUCUUCGACCCGAUCGAGAUCGGCCGAUACAAGGAAGAGUUUGUGGACGGAGCAACAGGCGCAAACAAUCCAGUGAUGGAGCUGUGGAACCAGGCCCAGUUGAUGUGGGAACCGGAGCCGGCUGACGGCAAGGUUCAGUGUCUGGUCUCGGUCGGAACAGGUGUCCCAUCACUCAAUGCCUUUCAAGAUGACGCUUUGGGUAUUUGGGGAACUUUGAAAGACCUGGCCACCGACACAGAGCAGACUGCCGAGAAGUUCCGACGAGACAAGGCAUACUUGGACAACAGCAGUCGCUACUUUCGCUUUAACGUGAGCCGCGGAUUGGAAAACGUUGGGCUUGAAGAGUCCACAAAAAUAAAAGAGAUUGCGUCGGCGACGCGGGAGUACGUUGAGUCACAGGAAGUUUUCAAGCAGAUGCAGGCAUGUGCGGGCAACCUGGCAGGCCGAGGAUGUAAGUAGUUACCUCGAGCUAGAGGGCAUUUAUGUACCUAACUCGCUCUUCGUAGAUGCUGGAGAGUAUCAAACAAACAAAUGGCGGUCAAAAGCCAAUCAGACUGAUGUAAGUGACAAUGAAUGAAGUUAG